AGAACAGCACACAAGACAAUCUCAUAAUCAUUACCCCUCUUUCCCCUCCUAAACAAUCCCCUCUUCAAUCAGUUUUGAUCUCUUGGCAUCAAAAAUACGUCACACACAUUACUCAAGAUGGAUGCACAAGGGAGACACUUCAGUGUAUCGCACUUCCUGCGCCAGAACCAAAAUCGCAUCUUCGAAAACAAUCGAGCAUGGGUUGAGGCCAAACUGGAAGAGGACCCAACUUUCUUCGAGAGGCUUUCCGCGGGUCAAGAACCUGACUAUCUGUAUAUCGGCUGCAGCGAUAGUCGAGUCCCGGCGAACGAGAUCAUGGGUCUCGAGGCCGGAGAAGUCUUCGUACAUCGCAACAUCGCCAAUCUCGUGCCCAACACGGAUCUCAAUGUCAUGUCCGUCAUCGAAUACGCCGUCUUGCAUCUUAAGGUCAAGCACAUCAUCGUUUGCGGGCACUACAACUGCGGCGGUGUCCAAGCAGCCUUAUCGCACUCCGAUAUGGGCCUUCUCAACCCAUGGCUUCGUAAUAUCAGAGAUGUGUAUCGCUUGAACGAGAAAGAGCUUGAUGAGAUUGAGGAUGCGGAGCAAAAGUGGAAGAGGUUGGUUGAAUUGAAUGUUCUGGAGCAAUGUAAGAAUGUCAUCAAGACGGCGGCGGUGCAGCAGAGCUACACGAAGAAUGAGUUUCCGAUUGUGCACGGAUGGGUUUUCGACCUGAGAGAUGGGCUGUUGAAAGAUCUUAAGUUGGAUUUUGAAGAGGCGUUGAAGGAUAUCAAGAAGAUUUAUGAUUUGGAGGUGGGCCCACACUAGAGGAAAUGUCUGAAUCGAUGCCUGGAUUUUGGUCAAUUUUUUGCGGCUUGGGGAUAUCGAGGAGCCAUAGAGAGAGAAUUUGACGAAUAGAGACGCU